AUGCACAGGUGGGUUUCAGCAUCACGCUUCUGGGGCACAGGUGCCAAUGCAGCUCCGGGGAUCUGCUUUGAGAGGGUGAACUCGGCUGGAGACCCGUACGGGAACUGUGGAAAAGACGGCAAAGGAUCCUUCGCCAAAUGCGAGGCUCAAGAUGCGAAAUGUGGUAAAAUACAGUGCCAAGGGGGAGCCAACCGCCCCGUGAUUGGCACCAACGCGGUUUCCAUAGAAACCAACAUCCCUCAGCAGGAAGGGGGGCGUAUCCUGUGCCGCGGGACGCACGUGUACCUGGGAGACGACAUGCCCGACCCCGGCCUGGUGCUCACGGGAACCAAAUGUGGAGACAGCAUG